AAGACGUGGCUCGCCAUCCAGUGCUCGCCGAGUCUGCACGUCGACGACAGGGAGCGCUUGGAGCUUUUGGAAGAAGCGAAGAAGAUGGAGAUGGCCAAGUUCCGAUACAUCCUGCCUGUGUACGGCAUUUGCCGUGACCCUGUUGGCCUGGUCAUGGAGUUCAUGGAGACGGGCUCCCUGGAGAAGCUGCUGGCCUCCGAGCCAUUGCCGUGGGACCUGCGCUUCCGCAUCAUCCACGAGACGGCGGUGGGCAUGAACUUCCUGCACUGCAUGUCCCCACCGCUGCUGCACCUGGACCUCAAGCCUGCAAACAUCCUGCUGGAUGCGCACUACCACGUCAAGAUUUCUGACUUUGGGCUGGCCAAGUGCAACGGGCUGUCCCACUCACACGACCUCAGCAUGGACGGCCUGUUCGGGACCAUCGCCUACCUGCCUCCAGAGCGCAUCCGAGAGAAGAGCCGGCUCUUUGACACCAAGCACGACGUGUACAGCUUCGCCAUCGUGAUCUGGGGUGUGCUGACGCAGAAGAAGCCAUUUGCAGAUGAGAAAAACAUCCUGCACAUCAUGGUGAAGGUGGUGAAGGGCCACCGCCCGGAGCUGCCGCCCGUCUGCAGAGCCAGGCCGCGGGCCUGCAGCCACCUGCUGCGCCUCAUGCAGAGAUGCUGGCACGGGGACCCCCGAGAGCGGCCCACCUUCCAAGAAAUCACUUCGGAGACGGAGGACCUGUGUGAGAAACCCGACGAUGAGGUGAAAGAGGCAACUCAGGACCUGGAUGUAAAAGACCCUCCGGAGCCCAAGACGGAGGCGCCUGUGUCCACGCCCCCUCAAGCGAGCCUCGGGCCCCGGCCUUCGACAAAGGACUACAGCCUCUCCGAGCUGCUGUCCAAGCUGGACUCUGGAAUCUCCCAGACGCUCGAGGCCCGGACGAGCUCAGCCGCAGCUCCUCCCGAAUCCAAACUCCCAUCGGGCGACAGCGGGCAAAGGUUGUCGGGCGUGUCCACGGUCGAUUCUGCCUUCUCCUCCAGAGGGUCCUUGUCCCUGUCUUUCGAGCGGAACCUGAGGGAGUGCGUCCAGUGGCUGCUCCUUCACGACGCCAUCCCCAACCUGACCAACAGGAAGGGCUCCACCCCACUGCACCUGGCCGUGGAGAAGCGGGUGCGGGGCGUCGUGGAGCUCCGGCUGGCCCGGAAGAUCAGCGUCAACGCCACGGACGAGGACCAGUGGACGGCCCUGCACUUCGCGGCCCAGAACGGGGACGAGUGCAGCACGCGGCUGCUGCUGGAGAAGAACGCCUCCAUCAACGAGGCCGACUGCGAGGGCCGCACGCCCAUGCACGUGGCCUGCCAGCACGGCCAGGAGAGCGUCGUGCGCAUCCUGCUGCGCCGGGGCGUCGACGUGGGCCUGCAGGGGAAGGACGCCUGGCUGCCGCUGCACUACGCCGCCUGGCAGGGCCACCUGCCCAUCGUCAAGCUGCUGGCCAAGCAGCCGGGGGUGAGCGUGAACGCCCAGACGCUGGACGGGAGGACGCCCCUGCACCUGGCCGCCCAGCGCGGGCACUACCGCGUGGCCCGCAUCCUCAUCGACCUGCACUCAGACGUCAACCUCUGCAACCUGCUCGAGCAGACGCCCCUGCACGUCGCCGCGGAGACCGGGCACACGAGCACCGCCAGGCUGCUCUUGCACCGGGGGGCCAGCAGGGAGGCGGUGACCGCCGAGGGCUGCACUGCCCUGCACCUGGCUUCUCGCAACGGGCACCUGGCGACCGUCAAGCUGCUGGUGGAGGAGAAGGCCAAUGUGCUGGCCCGGGGGCCCCGGAACCAGACGGCGCUGCACCUGGCUGCCGCCAGCGGGCACUCGGAGGUGGUGGAGGAGCUGGUCAGUGCCGACGUGCUCAACCUGUCCGACGAGCAGGGGCUCAGCGCCUUGCACCUGGCCGCCCGGGGCCGACACGCCAAGACGGUGGAGACGCUGCUCAAGCACGGGGCGCACGUCAACCUGCAGAGCCUCAAGUUCCAGGGCAGCCACAGCCCCGCCGCCACGCUGCUCCGGCGAAGCAAGACCUAGUCCGCUGGCCUCGGAGACCGGGCCCGUGCGGGGCUUCUGUGCCGUUGUCGUGUUCCGCGGUGGGGACAGGCUGAUGCUGUGCGGGUCAGCACCCCUCACCUUGUUGAUGGGCUGGCGGCACUUUGACCGAACAGGCCAUCAAGAAGCGGCUGACUCUUGAUUCGUGCCGGAGUCAGUGUGGGCGGGUUACCCUCCAAAUGAAGGUGUUCGAAGGUGCUGAUCCAUCCGCCCAUCAGUGUGCCGGUGUCAGAGGGACGAUGGGUUGAAAUCAUUUCGUUGUACUCUUGCUCGGGAGGUCGGCCAGCCUCAGGAUGAGGGGUGGGAGGAGCCGUGUCUUCCAUCUUCAUUUGCAGCGGCGGACAAGGCCACCUGUUUCAGAAGGCUUUCGUGGAAUCCUUGUUUUAUGGGACGUUGUCACUAGAUAACACAGUGUCAGCUGUUGCUUUAAACCUUUGAAAAAAUGUUCAUGUCCUUAGGUGGUCCGGUCUGUGAGCAAUGUGUGUAAAGUGAUAAGGCUGGUGUCAAACAGCACCGUGGCCGUGCCCGCUCUGCCCGGCUCGGGAUGUUCUCAGCCGGGCCUUGUGGCGACCACAUGCCUCCCAGCAGCUGAUUGCUCUCAUUCAUUUCCUGUUGCAUAAAGUGUGUUUCGAACUCGAGAGCCAAAUAGGCAAGAGUCAUUUAAAAAUUCACUUGUAACCUCAGUUUCGGACUCUAAACAGUAUUACCUGGUUGGAGGGACCACCGAGCUCGUUGGCCCCUUUCCAGCUCUGGUGUUCGGGUGGUCAUUUGUGGGGAGCGCUGCUGUUUUGGGGUCUCAGAGGGGCCUUCUGACCCUUUACAAACCUCUGAGCUGUGUGACCCCCAGGACAGCUCCAGGAGACCCCCGGGCCCCCGUGGCUAUAAAGGAUGUGGUUGUCUGGCCUCUCGGUCAUUGUCCUGUGUGCGCCACGUGGUGCUCCCCCCCCCCCCAAUACUGUUAUUAGAGUGAAUUUGCUGCAGGAGGUGGUCCUGUGUGCAAACGUGCCUGUGGUGUGUGAUACAGAGAUUGAUAUUAAUAUACCAUGUAUGUUAAUGUGAAUCUGGGGGCUGGAUACUUCUUUUCUAUGACAGGAACUAUCCAGACUGCUCCGAGCUGGCUAUGUUUUAAUAUGCCUCGUGCUUUUACUGUACUGUUUGUGCUCCUGUUGUCCUGAUGUAAAUAAAGCUAAGUUCUUUUCUGCUUUUGUUGAA